UAGCUGCUUGGGGCGGCGCCUGCUAUAUAGGCCGCCCGCGACGCACCUCGCGUUCGCCAGUCUGCUCGCAACAGACACCGCCGAGGCUUCGCCGCCAAACACCACACCAGCGUCACCACACCAGCAGCCAUGGAGGACGAAGAGCAGAAGAUGCUGAUGUUGCGCAAGGCAUUCCAGAUGUUCGCCAAGUCGGGGACCAUCGAUACCAUCAAGAUCAGCACCAUCUUGAACACCAUGGGGCAGCUCUUCGAUGACGGAGACUUGCAGUCCAUCAUUGACGAAGUAGACACAGAGGGAUCAGGCAAGGUGAACUUUGACGGCUUCUGCAGGAUCGCCUCCCAUUUCCUGGAGGAGGAGGACUCGGAGGCCAUGCAAGAGGAGCUGAAGGAGGCUUUCAGGCUGUACGACAGGGAAGGAAACGGCUACAUCACGACGGGGACGCUGCGAGAAAUCCUGGCGGCGCUGGACGACAAGCUGGGACCAGAAGACCUGGACGGCAUCAUCGCCGAGAUUGAUACCGACGGCUCCGGCACCGUCGACUUCGACGAGUUCAUGGAGAUGAUGACGGGAGAAUAAGCCAGCAAAUGCGAGGGGUACGGCGCCCAGCGGUUUACUCACUACGAACACCAGGACCAAGUGCAACAGGACCACCUGCUGCGUCAUCGCCAAAGCCGCGAACCCUCCUGAAGGGCCACGGAGAAGCAGCAGUCAUCACACCUACGCAGCACUCGUCUCAGGCACUAUUGCUAACACUUAGCAACAGACAUUGUAAAUAAAUAAUUUCACCACUAA